CUUAUGGUCGCCGUCUACAAUGGUGCUCCCCGCAACCCCAAAAUCUGUCUUCGGCGCGCUGAGUGAUGAAAAAUGGCAAAUACAGAUCAGGCAAGCUUUGAUAGUGUGUUCUAGCAAGUGCAUCCAUGCCCAUGUGCCUGACUGUCUUCCGACACUUCAAUUCUCACGCAGAUCUGCAGUGUGACCCAGAGUCUAGAGGAGGAGAGAUAGCAAUCCUGACGAAGAUCGACCAGCAUUCCUUCAGUACAGGUAGACAGAGUUUAAUCUUUCAAGCAUUCUGCGGUGGGACGAUUGCAGCCAUCAAUGGCUGCUUUAAGGUUUUCCCUGCUGCUGCUGCUGGCUUCAGUGGGCUUCGUGGCGUCCUCGCAGCACAGGCAUCUGUUGGACACAUGUGGAGAGGGCCAAGAGCCCAACAGCAAGGGCGUCUGCACCACAUGCAAGGAGGGCUACGUGCGGACCAGCGCCUCCCCGCUCGUCUGCUCAAAAUGCCCGUGCGUCUCCCUGGGGAGCUGCCAGGUCAACCCGACCACUUCUGAGGCGUUCUGCAUGUGUCCCCAGUCGUACCACGGGGUGACCACCGCAGCUGGGACGCUCUGCCAGCAGUGCCCCGGUUACAACUCCACGUCGCGCGCCGAGUGCGGCGGCCACGGCACGUGCCUCUUCAACGAUCCCGUGGGCACCAGCCCCGCCUGCUCGUGCGCGCCCGGUUGGACCGGCAUCGACUGCUCGCAAUGCGCGCUCGGCCACACCGGCGCAGACUGCCAGCAGUGUGCGACCGGUUUCGUUAGUGUCAACGGGGAGUGCGCGGGUUGCCCCGGGUACUGCUCGGGGGGCCAGGGCACGUGUCAGAUUGUCGGUGGGAACGCCACGUGUCAGUGCGGCACUGGCUGGUCGGGGAGCCAGUGCGAGCGGCCCGACACGGCGAACGGGUACUUUUUGGUGUAUGACGGAAAUGGGGACCUGGUGAACGGGACGGUCAGCAACGGCCCUCAAUACUGCUCGGUGGCGGCGGACUGUGGCUUCAACGCGGCGUGCGUCGACGGCUUCUGCCAGUGCUCCGCAGGCUUCACAACGGCCGGGGCGUGGUACCAUGCGGGAUCCGUGGGCAUUAAGUGCUCGGCCUGCCCCCUGGGCUCGUAUCGGGGUGACGUCAGCACCCUCCCGUGCACCAGCUGCCCGUACGACCGCAGCACGACGGCGACGCCAGGCGCAAUUUCCGCCGACCAGUGCAUCGCGUGCUCCAACGACCAAAUGGUCUGCGCGUCGGGGACCACCUUCGACCCCGCCACGUGCCUCUGCGAGGCGGGCUCCGCGAGCACGGCCGGCUUGAACGUGGGCUCCAAAGUCGCGAUCGGCCUCCUCGUUCCGGUCGGCUUCCUGCUUCUCCUGGGCGCCGGUUCCGUUUACGUGGUGCGCAUGCGCCAGGAACGGCUCCAGCGCCAGGGGAGCAUUCCGCCCGGGGCGCCCGCCCCCGAGGGCCACGCGGCCGCGUCCGCGCCGCCCGCGCUUGCGGCCGCAAUGUCGGACGCCGAGAGGCGCGAGAACGACUCCAUGUAAAUAGUUGUUUAGGAGUUGUUUCGAGCGCUCGGCCGCUCGCUCGAUUUCACGGCCGAUUGAAUUGCUGGGAGAUACGAGAGACGUAUGACAGGAGGUGACGUGGAUUGUGUUGUUGAGGAAUAUAAGGAAACAUGAGAAGCAGGACGAGGUAUAAGAUGACGUGCCCUUGCUAGGGAACCGUAAGAGCAGGUAAACUUGGUAACAUCCAGAUAUCCUGGUUGGCCCGAUAUAAGCGCUGGACGGCGAGCAUACUUCGUAAAUACUUCUCAAAGGAUACGUACUACCUAGAAUGAUGGCAGAGAUCAGAUGAAAGCAUUGAAAAACAUUGACAGUCCAACCCGGCUUCAAGGCUGGAGGCUUUGCUUUGCUUGAACAAUGGUUGGGUAGAUUGAACUCCAGGGGGCCUGGCAUGGAUUCAAAUGGUGCGAAUAUUUCAAAGCUUGUGAGAACAGUCGGAGAAUUAGAGCUCAAACAUAAGAUUAUUACGGCUUAAAACUCUUGAUUCCCUUGUGGGUAUUUCCAGUGACACCCAGCUAGCGCACCAUCUAUAUUAGGCUUUUUAAACUCUCGCGAUAUCAGAAGAAUGUGUAAAGCAAGGCUAGCUAGCUUGGUGUCACUCAAUCUACAUACACAGCACAGCGCGGCCGACCGGC